AGAAGAACAUCAGCAGCCGUAGCCCAUAGACGGGGACACAUAAAAUUGACACGGGGCGGAAAAUAUUUGACCGAAGAAAAAUAAUGAAAAUACGACAAAAACUCCAGAAAGGGCUAAUUUCGAUCAAUUCGAAGAGUUAACGAUUCAAGCAUCGAAGCUACUGCUUCAAACAAGACACUUAUCUGAAUUAGCAGGCCAACCCAGCGGAAAGAGUUUUUGUUAACGAGUCGAAAACAGCCCUCCUGGGCCGAUGGAGAGGCAGGCCUUUGAAAAUAUUUUCCCUGGAUGAAGAAAAAUGGCUAUCUGACAUUUAAAAAAGGAGGCCGUUGUAGUUAUCACGGCAUUUCCCGCGCCCUUUUUAUUAUAUAUUUUUUUAUUUAAACAUUUUGGUAGGCGAUUUUAAUGCUAGCUAUAAGGUUAGCUAAAACGACAGCUAUCAACCUAGUUAUUAUCUUUGUGGCUAGGUUAGCUUAGCAUCGGCUACCUAUGUAACCAGGGUUUCAUACGAGAUUUUAAUUUAUUAGCUAUCUAACAACGACAUGAUUGAAAGACUCCUUUACUCAGAUCCAAAUAACUUUUUCUUGUUACUUUGGUUGAAAACUUUAGGCAGCCGCCUAUAAAAAAAACAAGGUAACGUUAGCCUGCUAACGUUAGCUGGCUAAUGACGAACUGCACAUUUUUUAAUUUUGCCACCACCUGCAAUUUUUUGGGUUUUUCAAGUUAGUCUAGUUAGCUACCUACCUGAAGAUCAAUGGAAGUAGACCCAUUCGUUUCUACCUGUUCCCCCAUUUUGGUCUUCAAGAAGAAAGUGCUACACCAGUCUCCAGUCCAUAAACAUCCCACCAAACCUGUUGUCUUCGUGAGCGUGACAUCAACGGGCAGACAAAGAAGUGGAACACCUGUUCAUCCUUCAUCCCCCCAGCUGGAUGCUGACAGCUUCACAUUUUUGGCAAAAAAUAAAGACUACAACUAUAGAAGGAAUCUAAAAAACACUACAUAGACUGCAUGCUAUUUAUACAUUGUGUUUUAUACAUUGUAUUCCAAAUUAGGAACAUAAUUUAUUUAAAAGGACCUUUACCUGCUCUUCUUGGUUGUAAAGUGCAAGCAGUAGGCAUUAAUCUGUAUAAGAGGGGAUCAGGGAUAGACAUUGGUAGCAGCGAGAGUCAUUCUAGAGAGUUGUUCAAGAAAGCAUUACUUCCAGUAGCUGUGGCUAUUGAUCAUUGAUUAUUAUUAUUAUUGGUGCGAUAUUGUUGUGCUUCAACAGCAGGGCGUGUGACCCAGGAACAACCUCCCAUCAGUGAGUGGGAGAUGUUCCAGUUCAGUAAGUACCCCUUGGACAUUCUAGAUAUGCUAAGUGGACACCAAGCCCACCAGUUUAAAGGCCUUGGAUUGGAAAGACAGUUCCAGCACCAACAGCAAGUCCAACUUCAGCACCAGCAACAGCUUCAGCAGCAGCACCAACAACAGGGGGAGUCCUCAGGGGCUCUUCUCUCUGGGCUUGGUCUGGGGUCUCUUCAGGGGUCUAGAAGUAAUGCUUUUGCUGAUUCUUCAUCUAUAUUUGCCAAAAUGAGUGCCCCACCUCCACCAAUAUCACACCAGAGCCAGUCCUCAUCCUCACACAGUUCACGGAAAUCCAGCAAGAUGAGCAGCAGCAGUAGUGUGAGUGGGAGCUCUGCUGCAGGAUACCCACAAUUCUUACGUCCGUUUCACCCUGCAGAAGCAGCACUAGCUCAGGAGCAGCUGCACUCUGGAAUGGGACGUUUUGACUUUGGGGGUAGUAGCAGUGGAGGGUCUGGUGUUAUUGGAGGUGUGGUUACAUCUGCUCCCCCACCACCACCCUUACACCCUGGCCUCUCUGUUCCCCAAGCCUCACCUGGACCUUCCUCCUCCUCGCCCUCCCCAUCAGCCUCAUCUUCCGCCUCUAACAACCCUGGCAGUGCAGUUUCCUCCCUAGGGCAACCACUCGUUGGGCAGUCUGAUCCACGUAGCUUACAUCAGCAGUUCAGUUGCAUGCUUGCCGCCAAUCAGUACUUUCUUUCAGGGGUCCCGACCAACAGCAGUCUGGAGCAGUUUCUGGUUCAACAAGGGGGUCAUAAUCAUCUUGGCCUGGGUUUGGGCCAAGGAGCUAGUGACUCAAACUCAGCCCUCGCCCCACCUCCAGCUCUUCACUCAUCACACAGUCAUAGUCACUCCACACCCCAGCCUCAACAGCAGCAGCAACCAUUGGCACCCCAUGCUUUAUCGCACUCUCACAGCCAUACCCACCCACAUCAUCCUCUUCACCCAACACCUCAGCCGUCAUCUCUGGGUGGCUUUGAUUUCCAAGGUAUUCCAGUUCUCUCCUCCAAUCAGCUGGCUUCGUUGAUGCAACAAGAGGCUAGUGGUAUGCCCCUCCCUCUACCACUCCAUUUAUCACUUUCGAAAGAUGAAGGGAAAGGAGACAGUGGAUCUGGUGGAAGUGGUGGUAGUAGGAGAAAGAAGGCUAUGGCUGGCUACCUUCCUCAGAGAAAGGCAGAUGGCACCAGUCACAGCAGUAGCAGUGGUAGUAACUGCCACAGCAGCUCCACUGAACACAGUCAAAAUUCAACCAUUCAACCGGGCCUUGUAGGAGGAGCCAUAACCAGCCUUGGUGGUAACCAUUCAUCAGUCCUCUCUUCAUCAACACAACAGUCCUCCUCAACGGUCUCCUCUUCCUCCUCAGCUCCUUCCUCAUCCACUGCCUCUGUGCUGGUAGCUAAUGAUUCACAGCUACCUAAACCUGAAAAUCUAAAUCCCAUGACCUCCAUGCCUUGUCAACCUGACCCUGAAGCCAUCUACCACUGUGGUGAAUGUGGAAAGACCUUCAGUCAUCUUACAAGCCUUCGCAGGCAUCUCCGUAGUCAUGGUUUGACUUCUGAAGAUGCCAAGCCAGACACUUCAAGCGAAGACAAAACUUUCUGUUGCACCGAAUGUGGAAAGGGAUUCAAGAAAAGGGGGCACCUCCUCCAGCAUGGUGUUAUCCAUUCAGGGGCUCGUCCAUUUGCAUGUGGUGUCUGUCAACGGUCUUUCAACCGCCGUGAGUCCCUCACCAGGCAUGAGAAGAUCCAUGAUGAUAAGCCUUUCCGAUGCCCUGCUUGUGGUCGCUGCUUCCGAGAGAGCACCUCUUUGCUAAACCAUGCUGCGUCUGGCACCUGUGGAAAGCCUGGAAGGAAUUCCCGGCCCAGACCAAGUGGUAGUGGUGAAAAUCAAAGCUCUUCAAGUGCAAGUAGCAGCAAAACUGGAAUGGUGGCUGAAGGCAGUGGUACAGGUGAUUACCAACGAGAUGGAGCGAGUAAAUUUGGAACGGAUUAUUCAAGGAACCGGCCAUCAUACCAGCCAUCCUACAGUGUGGAUGACUACCGACGACAGCAGGCUAACCAGGCUAACCAAUCUUGUUAUUCUGGAGAGAGCUCCCAUGGAAGUGGGAUGUCAAGCCAGACACUCAGAAAGGCACCAUUGGCACCUACCUUACACCCACACCCUCAAAGUCAACAACCACAACACCAUCUCCAUCAACAGCAACCUCAUCUUCCUCUUUCAUCUCUAUUGGAUGACUCUGAGGAUGAGGUCACUAGCAGUGCCAUGUCUGCCAUUGCUGCAGCUGCCGCUGCUUCCUGCGAGAUAAGUACUGGCGAGAGUCGAGGAGAGGAGCGAAGAGACAUCAUUGGAGGUUUGCUUGGAGGACUUGGCUUUGGGAAUAUGGGAGUCUCACCAGGUGGUCCAUCAUCUACAUCUGAAAUCGACAAGACCUACAGAUCAGGUAGUGGCUCUACCAUCCCCUUAACACAUCCAAGCCAGCAGAUGAUGAAUGCUAAACCGAAAAAGCCCCGCAAGCCUCGGCAGAAGAGAGAACCAGGACCUGAUGGAAUCAUAGUUCGACAAAGAAGAAGUCGUGGGGAGGGAGAACGGCCAUAUUCUUGCGGAGUUUGUGGUAAAGGAUUCAGGAGACGUGAGACCCUACGUCGGCAUGACCGUGUUCACACAGGUGAAAAGCCACACCGGUGUGAUGUUUGUGGGAAAGAGUUCCGGGAGUACUUCCAUCUUACUAAACAUUCCACUGUGCAUUCUGGGCAGAAGAACUACAAAUGUGACCUAUGUGGUAAAGAGUUUGCUUACGCUCAGAGCUUGGUGAGACAUGGAAAAUUACACACAAAAGGGGAAUUGGAUGCUACACCAGGAGGAAAAAUUGCUAAAGGCCAUGGAGGGGUUAUUAGUUUAGAUGAAAAUCAAGCAAACUCUCAAUCUUAUUAUCCGUACCCUCAAGAUAAGUCUCAGGGGUCCAGCUCAUCCACUCAGCCCACUCAGAAGCUCUUUACAUGCACAACGUGCUGGAAAUCCUUCCGCCAUCAGUUUCACUUGACAGCCCAUCAACAAACUGUCCAUGGUGGUGGAAUUAGGGGUGAAAAAAAUUUCUGCUGUGAGGUAUGCGGGAAGGCCUUCGCCUAUUCUAACAGCUUGUCCAGGCACAGGCAAUCGCAGCAUGGAUUGGGCCGCACUGGGUCGGCAAACCCACCAGCUGGUGGAACCCAACAUCCUUCCCAAGCAGAUGAGUACAUCCCUCUUUUUGAAUCAGGUCACCCCUCAACUUAUCCGUCAGGCUCCUACAUGCCAAACCAAUCCUCCCAAGUUCAACACCGCCCUUUUCAGUUCCAGUCCCAAGAAGGAUGGGUUGGUGGUAAGAGAAAAAGAGAGAAAAAAAGGAGGGUUGAAUAUCAAAGUAUAAUGAGAGGGGGACAACUAGUGGGGGUUGCCUUGAAUAAGGCUACGAGCAGGAGACUCAAAGUGAUGAAGCGGAAAAAAGGAAUAAUGCAUGAGAAGCUUAAGCAGAAGAAACUGCUCGCCCAGCUCCUGAGAAUGAGAGGAGGGUAUAGAGUUAAACAAUGGUGUGGAGGUGUGGUUAAAGUCAGUGGGCUGUCAUCUAUGGAAGUCCCCAUAAAACGAUUUCCAUGCCAGUACUGCCCCAGCACCACAUUCGCCAGUCAGGCCAAACUUUUGAUCCAUCGUUCUGUGAGGCAUCCUCCAAGAAAUAACGGCCAGCAAGCCCGUCUGAAGUGCUCAGUCUGCGGAAAGCGUUCUCGGACAUUACGGAAAGCCCUCAUUCAUCGUGGACGUCACCUUUCCCAAGGGCGGUUCUCAUGUCCCAAAUGCCGCUCCCGCUUCUGGAAUGGAUCUCUCCUGGAGAGGCACAGCGUCGCUUGCCAGGGUCAAUCUCUGUUAGGUAGUGGAAACUGGGGCUUGAAAGUGAACUUGCCCCCAAGAGAGGUUGUUGAGAAGACAGCUGCAAAAGAGGUCCAGGAGGGCCAGCCUGGGAGAACAACAGUGGUGACUGAAUACAGCCACUAAUUAUUUUCUAGUCUAGGAUUUGUAAUCUAGAAAGCAAGCAAGAACUAGCAAGUUUUAAAGAUGUGGGCAACAGGCUUACAUCCAUACAAUCCUUACUAUAGCAGAGAUGUUUGUAAGAUAACAGACUUUUAAAGGCCCACAUCAAAAGCACCAUCCAACGGUCUUUGCUUCCCCAAAGGGGAGAGAGUAUUCUAGAUCAUGUGAGUGUUUGAGUAGCACCUCUUGUCUUCUAAAAUGCUUUCAACCACAGUAUCCUUUUUGUUAGCUGUGUUUGCGCUGGGAUUAUGAAUGCAUACUAGUAAGAGUGGGGUACCAAAAGUACUGAUGUUUUAUUAUGUUUUCUGUCAUUAUUCACAGUUAAACAGUAUAGUCUUUGUCUAUUGUUCUGUACUAUGUGUUUUUCUUUGUUCCCCGUAGAGAUUAUUUUUCAUACAGAUGUUUGGCCUGAAGCAAAAAAUUGGCCGGUAAGACAGGCCAGUCAUUCUAAGAAGCUAUUUAAACCGAUAAAAUAUUAGUCAAUUAGUCACUCCUAAAGUGAAACUUCACUUACUGAAUUGAUUAAUCACUUUGUGUAACUGGAGGUAUCAUUUCAAACAUUUGGUAAAAUUGUGCAAAACUGACUAGCUGAAUAGGUUGAAAUGGAUCAGAAUGGAAUGAAAGAGACAAUUUUUCUGUAAACUAUUCCAUCAAAUAUAGGGGAAAACAUUAAUGGGACUUAAGUGUAAGGAAUUGAAAGGGUAAUGGGAACAACCGGAGUAUACUGUAUAAUUCGUAUUAUAUUUUAUUAUAUAUUGAUUAUUUGCUGUUUAGUUUUUUACUCCAAGUAUCAUUUAUUUUAUCAUUGUUGCUAUUGUAUGGGUGGGUGGUAAUGAGUUUGGGGACUGUCUUUGUAAAACAAUGGGAUGAUGAGUAUAUGUAUCGAUGUGAUUUUUCCCUCCCCCUUUUACCAACCCUAUGCCACAGUUAAGCCCUAUCCCAUAACAUGUGUACACCUUGUUCAUUACUUAGGUCCUGUCCCCCAGUGUUUUCCUUUCAGUAAACUAAAACAUUAAAUAUUAUUACUAAAUAACUAUCCUUUUCUUUGCCUAAAGUGAAUUGUUGAAACUCCUAAAAAUCUAAUAAAAAUCAAAAAAUC